AAAAGAGGUGAAACCUGGAAAAAAUGGAUCAACUUUGGGUCUAUGUGGUUGACUGACAUGGCUCAGUUGUCCCAAAUGAAUGUAAUGUGAUGAAAUGUAAGUUCUGCAGGGGUUUUAAAGACAUGCUGUUUUUACAAAAAAAAAAAAAAAACAGAAAAGUUAUCACCAGAUCAUUAAACCAGUCACUAAAUUAUUCCCUCAGAUCAGUCAUUUAUCAGAGCCAUAAAAAGUGUUUAAACAGAGAGAUGUGUUUGAUUUUGAUCCUUGAACUACUCACUGUGAUAUCCCAUUCCAUUGGGAAAAUAAACCCAAAACUUAAAAUCAUUUUGUCAAAAGGACUUUAUUCUACAUGUCUCAUCAAAAAGUUCACCAAAAAUACAACCCAUGUCGUACCAAGAAUCUGUAAAAAACGUUUUAAAAAAAAGUGCAUCUGGGCUGGAUAUUAGUGACUAAGCUGCAUCCUACAGUCACAAGACAUCUUUAAAUUGCAAUGACAAAUGAGUCCAAAGAAUGUGACAGGAGUAAAAAAUGACCAGAAGCUGCUUUGAGUUCAGAGGCUUAAUAAUAAUUGUUGUAGUGUGAACAGUGAAAUUGGAUUUAGAUUAAAAUCAUCAAGGCAUGUAAAGAAAAAUGUCUAAAAUGCAGCAGUGUCACUUGAAGUUCUUGAAAUAAAGUUAAAAGGUCUUAACUUCUUUAAAAAGACCAUUGCCAAGUUCAUGUUAGUUACACAAUGCAAUGGGCAAAGAAUAAAGUCACCGUCAGCAUUUAGAUCAUAUCAGUAGAAUCAGUGGAGAGAGUUCAAACUACCAUACAGAAAUCGUAAACUUUGUUUCUAUUUGAUCAGUGAAUCACAAAACCUGCCUUCUUAUAAAUACAACAGGGUGUUUUACUCUGCCUUUAUGAUCACACUGUGGUCAGAAUGACAAUUUCAAAUUGGAACUCUUUUGCCUGUUUCUUGCUUUAGAAAGUAACCAGGUUGCUGUCAACAGUUUUCAAUGAUGAUAUCGCAGAUGAUUGACUUUGACAAACCAACUGGUGCAUCAGAUUAUCUGACAAGAUCUCAUCACAAAAGCUCACUUCCUCUUGGUCCAAAUGCUCACCUCUGUGUGCUUGAUGUUAUCACUUCACUAUCACAGAGAAGAACAGCCAGAAGAGGCAGGGCUCAGAGCAGAGGUAUCCUUCAAAAUCAGGAUAAUCACUCACUCUCUUUAGUUCAGUCCAAUCCAUGCUACCAUGUUUCUUUCACUUGUCCUGCUGGGGCUAUGCAUUUGCUUCAUCAUCCUUCAACUGAGGCCCAGGAGGCCCAAGAACUUCCCACCAGGACCCCCUGUCCUGCCCAUCCUGGGGAACCUUUUGCACCUAAACCCACAGAACCCCUUGGAGGACUUGGAGAAACUCAGGAAGUCUUAUGGAAAUGUCUACAGCCUGUUCCUUGGUCCUAAACCAAUUGUAGUCAUCAAUGGGGUGAAGGCCAUGAAGGAGGCUAUGGUGAUCAAGGCUGCUGAAUUUGCUGGACGACCUCAAGACACAAUUGUUAACGAUGUCUUUGAUGUAAAAGGAGUGAUUCUGGCAGAUUAUGGCACUAGCUGGAGGGAGCAUCGUCGCUUUGCUCUGAUGACUUUGAGGAACUUUGGUCUGGGGAAGAAAUCGAUGGAGGACAGAAUUCAUGAUGAGAUUCAACACACCAUUAAAACACUGGAUGAAAGCAUCGGCAGAACACUUUGUCCUCAAGUUAUGUUUCAUAAUGUGGCUUCCAACAUCAUCUGCCAAGUUCUUUUUGGUACACGCUACGAGUAUGAUGACGAGUUUGUCACAACAAUUAUUCAGUGUGUCACAGAGAUUACAAAGAUCUUCAAUGGACCGUGGGCGAUGUUGUACGAUUGUCUUCCUUUCAUUCGUAACCUGCCACUGCCCUUCAACAAGGCCUUCAAGAAUAUAAAACGUUCUUCUGACCUUGUGCUGCGUUUGUUGAACGAGCACAAGAACACCAGAACCCCUGGAGAGCCUCGAGACUUUCUUGACUGCUACUUGGAUGAAAUGGAAAAGAAAGCAGAGGAUUCUUCAUUUUCAGAGGACAAACUCAUAUUUACUGCUCUAGAUCUUCUGUUUGCUGGGACUGACACGACUUCCAACACCCUGCUUACUGCUUUUCUUUACCUUAUGAAUCACCCACACAUACAAGAACAAUGUCAGCAGGAAAUAGACCAGGUGUUGGAAGGGAAGGAUCAGGCCUGUUUUGAUGACAGACACCAGAUGCCCUACAUGCAGGCUGUCAUCCAUGAGUCGCAGAGAAUUGCCAACACUGUUUCACUCAGCAUCUUCCAUUGUACGACUAAAGACACAGAGCUUGCAGGAUAUUCUAUUCCAAAGGGUAUGAUGAUUGUCCAGAAUUUGAGCACAGUGCUGAAGGAGGAGGGACAGUGGAAAUAUCCUCAUGAAUUCAAUCCUGAUAACUUCCUCAAUGACCAGGGAGAGUUUGUCAAACCAGACGCCUUCAUCCCUUUCUCUGCAGGUCCUCGGAUGUGUCUCGGAGAGGGUCUGGCUCGUAUGGAGCUCUUCCUCAUCAUGGUGACUCUGCUGAGGAAGUUUAAGUUCAUCUGGCCUGAGGAUGCAGGAAAACCUGACUACACUCCGAUCUUUGGGGUCACUUUAACUCCCAAACCUUAUCCUAUGAAGGUCCAACACAGGCUUUGAACUGAACAUUGAACACUGAAAAUAUCACAUAUAGAAUAUACAGUGACAAAGGGCUCAUUUGCUACAGUGUCAAUGAAAACUAUACAAACUGAGUAGAAUAGUAUGAAUGAAAAGAAGUGAAAGCUGAAAAAAAGUGGAGCUACUUUGGGUCUAUUUGGUUGACUGACAUGGCUCAAGUGUCCCAACUGAAUGUAAUUUAGUGAAAUAUAACGUCAGAUCAAAACUAUGAAAGAGCACAUAUAGAAUUAUGUAGUAAACAAACAUUUGUUAAACAAAUAAGAAUAUGUGUUGUACUUUAGAUUCUUUAAAGUUGCCCCCUUUUAUUUUGAUUAAUGCUAUGCACACUCUUGGCAUUCUCUCAGUCACCUCAAUGAGGUAGUUUCCUGGAAUGGUAUUCCAACGGUCUUGAAGAACUUCCCAGAGAUGCUGAGCACUUGCUGGCUGCUUUUCCUUCACUCUGCAGACCAACUCAUCCCAACCAAUCUAAUCUGGAUUUGGAUUGGAUGAUCGUGGAUGCCAGGUUAUCUGAUACAGCAUUCCAUCACUUUCCUUCUUGCUCAAAUAGCCCUUGCCCAGCCUGGAGGUGUUUGGUGUCAAUGUCUUGUUGAAAAACAUAUAAUGGUUGCAGUAAGUGCAAACCAGAUAGGAUGGCAUGUUGCUGCAGGAUGCUGUGGUAGCCAUGCUGGUUCAAUGUGCCUUUAGUUUUGAAUGAAUCAUCAACAGUGUCACCAGUAAAGCAUCAACACACCAUCACACCUCCUCUUCCAUGCUUCAUGGUGGGAACCAUGCAUGUAGAGGCCAUCUGUUCACCUCAUCUGCAUCUCACAAAGACAUGGCAGAUGGAAUCAAAGAACUCAAAUUUGGAUUCAUCAGACCAAAGAACAGAUUUCCACUAGCCUAAUGUCCAUUCCUUGUGUUUCUUUGCCCAAACAAUUCUCUUCUUGUUGUUGUUCAUCCUCAGUAGUAGCCUCUGAUUCACACAUUCUCCUCUGAACAGUUGAUGUUGAGAUUUGUCUGCUACUUGAACUCUGUGAAGAAUUUAUGUAGGGUCUAAUCUGAGGUGCAAUGAACUUGUGAUUUCUGAGGUUGAUGACUCGGAUGAACUUGGUCUUGGUCUUCCUUUCCUGGGGCGGUCCUUGUGAGAGCCAGUUUCAUCAUAGCAUUCGAUGGUUGUUGCGGCUGCAUUUUCGGGUACAUUCAAAGUUCUUUCAAUUUUCCAGAUCGAUGGACCUUCAUGUCUUAAAGUAAUGAUGGAUCGUUGUUUUUCUUCACUGACUUAAGUGGUUCUUGACGUAAUGUGGAUUGCAGCACUAGUCAAAUACUGCUAUUCACUGUGUCCUAAUCCUACUUCUGCACAACACAACUGAUGGUCUCAAACACAUUAAGAAGGCAAGCAAUUCCCCAAAUUAACGUUGACAAGACACACCUAUUAAUUCAGAAUCAUUUCAGGUGACUACCUCAUGAAGCUGAUUGAGAGAACACCAAGAGUGUGCAUAGCUGUCAUCAAAGCUAAAUGUGGCUACUUUAAAGAAUCUAAAAUAUAAAACAUAUUCUGAUUUGUUUAGCACGUCUCUGUUUACAACAUAAUUCCAUAUGUUCUCUUAUAGUUUUGAUGUCUUCAGUAUCAAUCAACAAUGUAGAAAAUCAUUAAAUUAAAUAAAACCCACUGAAUGAAAAUGUGUGUCCAAACUUUUGACUGGUACUGUAUGUAUAGUAUGAAGAGUAACCUUUUUUCAAUACUGAUAAAAUGUUAAACAUUAUAAUGCACAGAAGUUCUGCACUGUUCUUUUUACUCAUGUGUGCUGUUUUCAUAGAGGUGUGCCUCUUUAUGUUGCAAUGACAAAUGAGUCCAUAGAAUAUGACCAGGAGCUGCUUUGAGUUCAGCUGAUGAAUAAUAAUUGCUGUAAUGUGAAAAGCAGAAUUAGAUUUAGACUCAAAUCAUCAAGGCAUGUAAAUAAAAAUGUCUAAAAUGGA